GAUAGAGGUCUCCUCGUCCCGGCGAACCCGGCCGCCGGAGCCGGCGCCCACAUUUAGCCAGAGGAGAGCCCAGGACCCUGACGGCGGCGCCUCCAGGGUUUCCCCGGCGACGCGCCUCAACCAUCCGAGGGUACGCUGCGGCAAUUUCACCAAGAUUUAUUCCCCGUCUUCCGCUUGUGCGCCACUCCGCCGCGUGGCCCCAGCCGCCGCCGCCGUUCUACCCCUGCACCUUGUCGGCGGUGUGUCAACCCAGUUUGCUUUUUUUCCAUCUCCUAUUCAUGUUUCGUGUUCAUAUCGCUUAGGAUUUGCCACAUAGCAACAUAAGAUCACUCGGAUCAUUAAUUUACUGCAGUUUUGAUCAGUAAGAUCUAGCGAUGGCUUUUAAGGGGGGAGCCAGUGAUAUUUCCUUGUGCUUUGCAUAUUGGUAAUUCCAACGGUGCUAUGAAUCGUGUGCUGUAACGUGUAAUUCUUCAGGUAGGCGCGAAUUUGAUUGCUCGAGGAGAUGGAGAACAAUAACAUAAAAAAUAUAAAGCGGGUCGGGAAUUUUGAGCUUCCAUGCUUCUUCAACUGCCCUCCUUACUUCACCUUGCAGCCGUCCAUAGCAACACGUGAAGUACAAGUGCGUCUAUGGAAAGAGCUGAUACUUGAAUAUUGUCGAAGUCAACGGAUAUACACCAUCUCACUUGAACAAGAUUUUCCGUUCUCCAAUCCUGCGAUUCAAAGAUCUCUAUCCCGUGAGGCAAAAGAAGUUUUCCUUUCGGCCCUUGUUAGUGAAGGGCAUGCGGAGUGGAUGGACAGGAAUUGCAACAAGUGUCUCAUUCUCUGGCUAACAAUACAAGAUUGGGCUAACUACAUAUUGAACUUUGUGAAGGAGAAUGGAUUGGGGAGCACAAUGCCUGUUGAAGAUAUCCGCUCUGGAUUUGACACACGUGGAACUGAACUUGCAGGAAUUGAUAGCAUCAUUCUAACGCGUGCGCUUCGACUGCUGGAACAAAAGGGAAAGGCUGCUAUAUUCAAGGUCAAUGAUUGUGAAGGUGUAAAGUUCUGUAUCUGAAUUAGUACAUUAUGUGGGCAGUAUCAGCUAUCUUAAUUUUUUAUGCAAACCGGUUAUCUCGAUCAAAGUUUUUGCAAACCAUUGUUUUGACAAAACCUGUAUAUGUACAACAUGAUCAUAGGAGAACAAUGUAAUGAGACGAACCUAGAUCAAAAGAAUAAGAGUAUAUCUGUAUAUGUAAUGAGAAGUGGUACAUCACAAAGUGAUUCUGCUACUCAGAAAACAAGACUGAGAAUGCCAUUUCUGCUAUUCAAAGGAGAAACAAGACUGAGAAUUGCCCA